GAGUGCAUGUGUACUUAUAUUAAAUAUAUAAUUAUUAAUAUACACCUACUGUAUGAUAGCUAGCAAACUAAUUAGCUAUUUAACGUUAGCCUGCCUAGCUGGAACUUCUGAAGAAGGAACAUGUUUUAUCUACAAUUUCCAAAAGAUAACCAAACAAAAACAUAUUUACUUUUUACGAGACGUGUUUGUGCUGUCGUGCAUUAGUAGCACAAUUUAUAACUGAUUUGCAUUCGUUUAUACUUACACUUGUAUGUUGACUUCUCCAUUGAUGUUGUUUUUAAUUUUUCGCUGACUUUUCUUAUGUACAAUCGUUGCGAAUUGAAUUAUGGGGAGUUUCAGGCCACGGAGUGAACAUAAUUCUACACUUGCAAAGCCGACUAAAAACGAGGGCUGAGGGGCUUAUGUUGCAAACUUCCCUUGCUUGGCUAAUCAUUUGAACCGCCCUCCAAGAUGGCGAUGGGGAUUACGCCAGGGCAUAAGGCGAUGGUAAAUGGACGAGGGUGUCUUUUAAGUGUGUGGAACGCAACCCUAGUAAACUAACUGACAGGAGUUACCGGUAGCUGGCUAGCUAGUUUUAUAGUUUGGUAAUUUAUUCCAAUAAAUUUCAGAAUUCCCCAACAUAUGUUUCUGAAUUUAGCUACGUUUUUAUAGGCUCCUCACUACGAGACUAAGCCAAUUUGCCAAUGCUAAAAUCAAUGACUUUAUAUACAAUUUUAGGACAUGCUGAAAAUGCAGCCUUGUUGAUAAAAUGUCACCCUUUGCGACCAACAGUUUGCAUUGAAUUGUGGGUCAUGGCAACCUCGCAAGUGGCCAAGGUUCUUCACUUGCUAAAUCGAGGGCCGAGGGGUCAACGUUUGUGAAUAUGACCUCCACUUAAAAUGACAAUCAAACUGCGUCCGGUUUCAACUGGGAUUCACCCGAGGGAAAGUGGUUUAUUUAAAUUGACUCUUUAAAUCUCCUUAUAUGAACAGUAAAAUCGUUGAAAUUGUUGCAUGUUGCGUUUAUUUUUGUUCAGUAUAUUUUAUUUUCUAAUUAAUCCAGUGUAUAUUCAGUGCGUUAACUAUUCAACUUGACCUCCAAAUUGUUUUGAAAUAAGAGCAUAUGCGCCUGCAAUUCUACAUCACGAGCAUUAACCGCGGCAGCUUCAUCCUGUAGAGCCAUCGUUUUCUUUAUUCCAUAACCUGAAUCGCAGCAGAUUUGAAGCUUGUUAUUGGUUUAGUAAGCGUUCGGGACCAAGGCGAUUGGAUGCGCAGACUGGACAGGCAGUUCCUUCUCCGCUGAUCAAAGUUUAUAACCUCAAUUGUCAAGCAGCACGGCAACUUAUAGUGCUGUUUUCGACACAUAAUUGUCAACAAAUGAGUUUGCUGUCACUGUUGCCUACUACUUAAUGAGGUAAAAUUGGAAUAUGCUGUGGCUAUUCGGUUUUUGCUUUUCUUCUUCGGUGGGGUUUAUCAGCGGUUGACAUCCAACGUUAUGGUGCAUUACCGCCACUUACUGUACUGGAGUGUGGACCAAAGCUGGAUAAACUAAAUCCUACCUGUAUGCCCCGUUGUUCAUAAAAAAAUAUAACAAAAUAUUUGAGACUAUACCUAAUGACGUUCUACUCGAUAUACUCUUUAAACUAAUUUCCUGUAUCCCCUUCUCCCUCAUACUAGAUUUCUGCCUCUUUUGUGCUGCUACCAUGUUGUUGUGUUGGUACCAUGCUGUGUUGUCAUGUGUUGCUGCCUUUUUUAUGUUGUCGUCUUAGGUCUCUCUUUAUGUAGUGUUGUGUUCUCUCUUGUUGUGUUGUGUGUUUUGUCCUUUAUUUAUACUGUAUUUAUUUUUUAUAUUUUAAUCACAGGCCACCGUCCCCCGGGAGGCCUUUUGGUAGGCCGUCAUUGUAAAUAUGAUUUUUUUUUCAAAACUGACUUGCCUUGUUAAAUAAAGGCUAAAUACAUUUUUAAAAAUCCCUCUGAUACUGACCAAACUGGAGCAAUACAUGCUCCAUGGUCUCUGUUUCCUGGCAAUAAUCACACUUUCCUGUAGGAUGCUUUCCUAUCACAUUGAAACUACAACAUCAACAUCCCCACUACUAAGUGCUUGUUUAGCCAGUACAUCAACUACCUCAUUCCCCUCCACACCCACAUGGGCUGGGACCCAAGUAAAUCUUCUCUUUAUACCCAUCUGUCUAAUCCUGCCAUGGGUUUGUAGCGCCUCAUAAAGCAGGUAUUGUCUGCUACGUGACCUAAAGGACUGGAGACUCAUCAACACUGCACAUGAAUCAGAGAAUAAUAAUUUAUUCUUAACUGAUUUGCCUCGUUAAAUAAAGUUUAAAUAAAAAAUGUAAACAGUACCGGCACCCACAAAGCACUGGGGAUAGUGUAUAGGUGCAGGGUUAGAUGGUGACGCAAUUACAUUUUUCCCUUCACCUUUUUUUGGCAAAAUGUGCAAUACGCACUCCGACCUGUGAAUGGUAGCAAUAAGCAACACGUCGUCAUAGUCUGACUGAAACCUACACGAAGAAGAAUCUCACACAAUCUGUCUUCAAAAGUUCUCAGCCCUGCGCGUUAGAAAAUAGUACGGACUGUCAGUUGCUAGCCUAUUCUACGUUUAGUACAUUAUCCAUAUAUAUAUAUAUAUAUAUAUAUAUAUAUAUAUAUAUAUAUAUAUAUAUAUUAUUUAUGGUAAAUUCUAUGUUAGUCUGUUACCUAGUUGUUUUUUUAAUUUUCCCGUUGUUGAUUUGAUAGCAGCUAGCUACAGGAACUAGUUAUAGCUAACGCUACUGUUGUUCAGUUACACCAGCUCAGAAGAAUAUGCAGCUAUGUUGUCAUUGAUGUUUAUUGCUCUGUUGGGUUUGUUUAGGCUGUCUGUUUCUGGUUUAUAAGCCCCGAGUUCUUUGUAGUUUGUUAGCUAGCUAUUCCAUUGGCUAACGUUAGACAUUUUAACGUGAAGACGUCAACAAGUGCUGUCGUGAUGCACAUCACUGUUGCUGUGUGCAGCCUAUUGCUGGUUGCUCAAGGGCAGAUGGACGACGACGAAUGGCUUGAUCCGCAUGAUAUGUUGAACUACGAUGCAAGCUCAAAGACCAUGAGAAAGCCGGCUCAGCCUGCUGAGCUGAACAAUUACCCUAAUGUACCCACCAAAAGAAGGGAAUACAGCCAGGAUUUGGAUCAAAUGGAAGAAAGGGAGUGCAACAACAAAGUGGAAGGGUUACAAAAAGAGAUUGAAGAGUACAAGAAGAAGAUUACACAGGUUGCACAGCAGCCGUCAAGCAACCCAGUGUUCAAGCGAUUCCUCACCAAGCUUCUGAAGGAGAUUGACAAAGUUGGCCUGCCCACCGAUCUCAAGAACGAUAUCCACUACGACGCCAAAGUGAAACUGUCUCGGCAAGCGGUGACGGAGAUCCGGAAGCUUCUGGAGGGAAUGGACACCUGGAGAUCGGGGGCUCUGGACAAUGCCCUCAGCCAGAUCCUCGUGGAUCUCAAACCACAUGACUACGAGGCCUGGAGAUGGCACUUUGAGGACACCUUUGGUGUGGAGAUCGACACAGUCAUGAAGGUGUCUGUGUUGGUCUUAAUCAUAGUGGCCAUCAUCUGUAGCGAGCUGUGGUCAAUAGUCUCCUGGUUUGUCCAGUUCAAGAGAAUCUUUGCCAUCUGCUUCCUCAUCAGUCUGGUCUGGAAUUGGUUCUAUCUCUACAAGAUUGCCUUUGCCGAGCACCAAAACAAAAUGGUCAAGAUGGAGGGCGUCGACGCAAAAUGCACUGGGAGGAAGAAAAUUGACUGGUGGGAUAACUUGAAAGAUUGGUACAGAGGUGCCAUGACUCUCCAAGACGACCCCUGUAAGAUGUACUACGAAGUCCUCAUGGUCAACCCCAUCCUUCUCGUACCACCAACUAAGGCUAUCACUAUGACCAUCACCACCUUCUUCACGGAGCCUCUGAAGCACAUUGGUCAGGCGAUCAGCGAGUUCCUACGAGCCCUCCUCAAGGACCUACCGGUCACCUUGCAGAUCCCUGUGCUCCUCACCAUCGUGCUCUCUAUCCUGGUCUUCAUGUAUGGCAGCGCCCAGGCCGCUAUCCAGCAUGGCAUCACCAGACUGACUCACCCGCGUGUCGGUGGGCCCAGGGACCCCUCUCCCCCAGCCUUGGAUCAGCCCAUGCCUGCGGCUCGUCUGAGAGUGACAGACCACAACCCACUGGCAGGGGGGGAUGCCCCUCAAUGCUCCCCUCUCCCGCUUAAACGCCGACUAGGACCAGCAGCCAACCAGGGGGCUCAGGACAGGACCUACGUCGGCCAGAGGAGCCCCCCCCACAGGGCGCGAAACGAACCGACCAGGAGGUAUGUGGAGACCCUGAGGAACGCCGACGGGCGGUACAGCGAGGACAAUAUUAUCUCAGAGUGUUGGGACGAUUUCACCGAUGCAGAGGAUACCAACCCGCUAACGGUAGAGGGUAAUACCGACAUCCAGGCAGAGAUGCAACAAGAACCAGUUGAAGUUGGAUCCACAACAGAAGGCAAUGACUCGCAAGAAGCUAAACCCUCUCCAGUGAAAGCUAAAGCCAAACCAGAUGAGGAGGACGUGGCAUCUGACAGCAUGGCUGAGCACCAGGCUGAGUAUACUGCAGGUCGCCCCAGCCCAGUGCAUGCCACUCCAGCAAGUGGUCUCGGGCACGAGCAACAUGACAAAUUCUUGAAACGCAUACCAGAGAGUAAUUUUACACUUCAGACCCACCCUGCUAACGCAGCCAGUGUAGCAGGUUUCAUUGACAACAAUGAGAGCAUGUCAGUCGCUGCUCAUGCUCAGCUUAAGUAGCACAUCCAGUGUAGCAGGUCUGUUAGGCCAACACAUAGGCUUCAUUCUAAGCGGUAUGCUAAUGGAUAUUGGAAACUGUUUCUGGGUACAGUCAGUAAGCCCCCUGUCCUUGUAUGUUUAAAUGCCAACCACAGCAUUUUACAUGGGAUGAUUCAGAUUCUACAUAAAUUGGUAAAUAUUACCUUCUCUUAAAUCAGCUGAUUCAGUGUUUUUAAAUUUGUUAUCCCAAUUUUGUUUUUGCUGUCUCUUUCACAUGUUUUUCUUACCACCAUUGUGCUUUUGUUUGUGUGGCUGGUCAAUGUGCAUGUACUGUCAACACGUGAAUAACACCCAUGUUUAUGAAUGACGUAUGUAUGUUGUGCAAUAAUCCUGUCACUUUUGUGGCAACUCGCCUUCUCUUCUGAAAUGAUGUGAAUUAUGUUCUGUGUGUUUAGGGCUCGACAUUAACAUUUAUAGAUUUGAGUUUACAUCACCCUAUCAAACAGGUGCCCUGAUCAGAAUAGGAUCAGUGGUGUCUGGAUGCAAUGUAUUGCUGUUCUCCCAAUAUCUGAGCAGGAUUGCAGUGAUAGGCAGAGCGGUCUUUCAAUCAUCCCUGGUUGCGAGAUCCGUGUGUAGCCACGUGUGCACAUUUGUUGAUAUUCCUUGCUAAUUAGUGAGUUAUAGCAAACAGGCUUCAUAUGGUCAUGAAAAUCCUGUAAAAGUCAUGGUUUGCGCAUCGGCUGCAUGUAUGCGAGUUGGCCGGGAGACAUUGCAGCAGGUAGGCCUAGCCUGUAAAAUAAAGACCAAACUAACUAGAUAGCCAAUUCAACACAUAUCUUGUAGCCUGGCUAGUUAACUACAGUGCAUUCGGAAAGUGUUCAGAUCCCUUUUUCUCCACAUUGUUACGUUACAGCCUGUAAUUAACGUAACGAAUUCAUUGUUUUCCUCAAUCUACACCAAUACCCCAUAGUGACAAAGCUGAAAUACCUUAUUUACAUAAGUAUUCAGGCGCUUUGCUAUGAGACUCAAAAUUAAGCUCCGGUGCAUCCUUGAGAUGUUUCUUCAACUUGAUCAAAGUCCACCUGUUGUAAAUUCAAUUGAUUGGACAUGAUUUUGAAAGGCCCACCUGUCUAUAUAAGGUCCCACAGUUGAUAGUGCACGUCAGAGUGAAAACCAAGCCAUGAAGUUGAAGGAAUUGUUCGUAAAGCCCUGAGACAGGAUUGUGUCGAGGCACAGAUCUGGGGAACGGUACCAACAAAUAUCUGCCACAUUGAAGGUCCCCCAGAACACAGUGGCCAUCAUUCUUAAAUGGAAGAAGUUUGGAACUACCAACACUCUUCCUAGAGCUGGCCAAACUGAGCCAUCGGGGGAGAAGGACCUUGGUCAGGGAGGAGACCAAGAACUCAAGGGUCACUCUGACAGAGUGCUAGAGUUCCUCUGUGGAUAUGAGAGAACCUUCCAGAAGGACAACUAUCAAUCAGGCUUUUAUGGUAGAGUGGCCAGACGGAAGCCACUUCUGAAUAAAAGGCACAGGACAGCCCGCUUGGAGUUUGCCAAAAGGUACCUAAAGGACUCUGACCAUGAGAAACAAGAUUCUCUGCUCUGAUGAAAAACAAGAUUACAGUAUUGCCAGCCUAGAGUGUUUGAAAAUAACCUCUGAUUCGCUAUGCAUCGAUACUUCAAAAAUGUACAUUUUUAAACUGUACCCAUGUUUGUCCUCUGUUGCAUUCCUGUUGUCAUGACGUGCCCUGGGCGAAGGAUCAUAGCCCCCCUCUCUCCAGUUUUAUGACUUUACGACAGGUACCUACGACAGAUACCUGGUAGAAACUGCCAUGCAGUAUUGAGGGAGAGAGUCUACCAGAAUAAAGAGCUUCUCUUAGUUUAAAACUCCUGGGAGAACUAAACAAUAUUUCUACUUUUGAGAAUGUGGGAAUGGUCCAUGGACACUUAAGGGACAGUCAUGUCGAGUGUGUUUCAUUUGGUACGUGAGCAUAGACAUUACGUCGUCGUCAUGGAACCGCCCUUUUCUACUCCAGAGUAUAAAACCACCUGUGAUGAAAUGUACAUUUCAUGCCAAAGAGACCCACCGUAAGCCGGACGUCUCGAAUGGUUAAGAAGUUAGAGAACGCCGGGACAGAGUCCCCACGUUGGAAUGGCUACAAUUCUAUAGGCCACGGAGACCAUACAGCUGUAGUUUUGGCUACAUGGCUGGAAAUGGUUAAACUAUGAGUCUAUCGAUCACUACAGAAUAAGAGCAAAUCUUAGACGUAUAAUUACUAGUCUGCAGCUAGAAAUUACGUAAAUCUAGAACGAGAAUACCGUCAUCCGCCGAAACAUCUAUUCUAUGAGAAAAUUUCUGAAUGGUACUCAAGUAUCCAUUCUAACCACCUACAACCACGAAAGGCAUUGUGACUUUUGGGAAAGUUAACCAGACACUUUGAUGAACUCUACAGGACGAUCGAGGAUUCCAACAGAGAAGACAACAACGACAUACGGGCAUAAAUAUAUACACUGCAAUUAUUCUUGAAUGAGUGGCCGUUCAUGUGCAAAGGAUUAGCAUUUCAAUGAGUAUAAUUAUCCACUGUAUGUAGUGAAUCCAUUUUGUCUUUCCCGCUCUCUGUCCACACCCCUUUCCUUUGUCUACCAAGCCGUCAUAUCUGCUUAGCCCACUAGGGACUUUUCUUUCAUUGUUAGUAACCAAUAUCUAUUGUUUGUUUUAUCUAUUUCUGUGUGAUUAUUUAAUAAAUAAAUAAAUAAUUAAGCCAA